CUCGCGUGUAGAUGGCUGAUAUGCAUCGUCCCCCCGGCGCACCCGAGCUUGUCCCGGCCGCUCCCCGGCUCUCUGUUGUGCUGCUGCUUGUGGUGACUGUGUGUGCGAUUCCUGUUCGUGGCGUGAAGUUCCAUGAAGGUGAGCACACCACAGUCCGUGAAGGCGCAGCAUCCUCAUUCGGAUGGUUGUUUGCAUCGAUUUCCCAUCCAUGUGUCAUCGGCAGAUAAUGCCUUCCCCUUCCCCUUUCCCUCCUCGUUGAUGCAACAGGUCAGUGAGGCAGGGACAGGCACAUGCAGUGGACGGAGUGGGGAAUGCCGCAGGCUGAGUCAGACCUGUGUGUGCACUGUGCAAAUGCCCUUUAAUGAUCAUGCAGUAUGCCCAAAGCUGGCAAAAUGCGACCGGUGUCCUCCGAUCAGCAUGUGAGUGUCCAGUGGCUGUGCACACCGAUGGAGUGCUCUCUACUGUUCCUUGUAUGCUCUCUUCUCAGCAGCGGUGCGGCACACCUAUUCCGUCCGCCACCAUGAGCAUAGCAGACACAAGAGGGCCUCAAGGGUAUACACACACACACACACACACGCACACACACACAGAGAGAGAGAGAGAGGUUCCCAUAUUCCAUGGUCCGUCAUGCGUAUGCAGAAUAGGCCUCCGUUGUCACCAAGAAUGGAGACGGUGUAUGGCUACGCGUCUGAUGAUGAGCCUACGGAAGAGCCCCCUACACGCAAGAGGCUCGACAAGAGCAAACUGGCCGUGUUCGAACAGAAGCCCGUUGAGACGGACAAGGAGAUGCGGGAACGUAUACGCAGAGAAAACGCCGAGAGAAAACGGCAGAGCCAACAGAGGAAGGAACAGGAAGACGUGAGGCCUCCGGAACGAUGGGUGCUCACUUCCCGACACACAUGCAUUCACAUUCACUUCACUGCAGGCUGCGAAGCAGCGUGCUGCGGAAUUUAAGCUGAAAAAGGACAGCUUCGAAGCAGACAAGAAGGAGGCACAGAAAGUCACCACCACCACCACUAGCGGGAAACAGCCAAGAGGUGCACACCUGCAGGGACACACACUCGCACACACACACACACACACACGCACAGACAGAUAUAUUCGUGUUGAUGUGUGAUUGGUCAGGACCCAAGCCGCCGAUCAAGCCAAAGCCGACGGGCGCAACCAAGUCGACUGUGCCCAGGCCAUCCCCCCCUCAGCGCGCAGUCCCUCCCAGAGUUAUCAGGACGGAACUACCGGUCGGACCAAAAGAUGGUAAGAACCGCGCCGCCCAGCAGAGACAUGCAGACAUACUGGCACACACAACACGUCAACACGGGUAUGUCUCCUGCCAUGUCUGUGUUCAGACGUGGAUUCUGGGGAAGUAUCUGUCCGCGAAAGGGCAAAGAUGUGGGGCGAACAGAAACCAAAAACACGUAGGCACAGAUCGUGUAUGUGCACUCGCACACGCACACACACACAUACACCCACGUUCCCUACAUGUCAUCGUGUUCAGACGGGCGUCCCCAGGCUGCACAGCCUGCACGGCCUGCGAGCGCCUACACGCCCCCUGCAGAAGCAGAAGACGAGGACGAGUGGGAAACGGGGGGCGAAAUCGAGCAACAAAGUACGUACGAAUCACAGGCUGAUGCCCACGUUCAUUUGUCCACGGGCGCUGCGUCCACACACAGGGGGAGCUGUACCAGUGUCGAAGGAGGACAAGGAAGCCAUCAUGGCUGGUCUCGCUAAGACCACGCAUAAGACCACGCCACAGCAGAAGCAGAUCGGGAAACGUGGGAAGGGUAGGACAGAGAGGGACACCCAUCACAUAGAGAGGAACUAAUGCGUCUGGAUGCAGUGGGUGCAGGUGCAGUCACCAAAGAGACCGAAGAGAUGCCAGCGGCCCCUGGGCUCGGCAGGCCCGUGGGCAAGCUCAACAAGGAAGCUCUCAAGAAUCUGGUGAACAAACAGGGCGUAAUAAAUUUCUGUGUCCCACAUCCCACAACACGCAACACCGAUAAACGUACACGCUCCAUUGCCCGACGGAUGGAUGUGCGUCUCAGAAUAUUCCCCUGGGCCCACCUCCCAAAGAUAUCGGGAAGAAGAAGGCGAAGAAGGCGGAGCCCCCUGCUCCUCCUGCAGCGCCGCCUGCCGCCCCACCCGUCCAAGUCAAGCCUGGUACACACCAAGCCUUCCACGAACAUACAUACGUCAUGUCACCUCGGGUGGUAUCCACCUUGUUUGCUCUUUUUGAGGUCAGGUCAGAUCCCCCCUCCCCCUCCCCCUCCAAUUGGUGGGCCCCUAGGCAAGCCGGGGGUUCCGCCUCCCCCUGGGCCUCCCCCUCCACCCCGUGGUGGUAUUCCAGCCCCCCCAGGGCCCCCGCCACCUCCCCCGCCUCCUGGCGGCCCCCCAACACGUGCCGGAGGAGGAGGGCCACCAAAGGCACCUCCUGCCGAAGGGCGGGACGGAAUGUUGGGUACGUGCCCGUCAAGAGACGUGAAUUGGAUACAGAUACUUUCUGCAUGCUGUUUACUAUGUGUUGAGCAGCUGCCAUUAGGGCCCUGAAAAGAGAAGGCGUACCAAAGAUACACGAAAAGAGUGAAAACAUGUAGACAGACGGCUGGUGUGACUGCGUGCAGAGUGAAGACGAAGAGGCGGAGAAGCGGUCGCAAAUGAAAUUCACCGUGAGAUACAGAAAGAGAAGAGACACAUGUGUACACAGAUACACAACCGGGUGACACGUGUAUCAGUGUGUAUGCCUUUCACGUGUGUAGGGUCCGCCCACCGUCAAAAAGAAGGUGGAGAAGAAAGAAGAAAAGGGACCUGAGAAGCAGGAAGACAUGAUGAAGGACCUGGAGAAGCAGCUCGAAGGGAACGACAGGCCAAAAAUGUGACAUAAAACUAAGACGGCUACACACAAACUCCCCCCCCCCCCCC